CAUGUGCAGGAAGUUAACCUAUGAGCGCUGUUGCUGAGUUACCACGUUCUGCUUGGGGUUGCGCUGCCCGGAUGCAUUCUUCUGUCUGUUUAGGAUCAUCUGGUCUACAGAAUGUCUUCCCCAAGCAAAGCAAUUGAACUGCAGCUACAGAUGAAACAAAAUGCUGAAGAACUGCAAGAUUUUAUGAGGGACUUGGAGAACUGGGAAAAAGAUAUCAAGCAAACAGAUGCCAAGCUAAGAAAUCAGACAGGCGUGGAUAGCCAGAUAUUGCCUCCUAUCAGAAACAAAGAUUUCAAGAAAAAGAAGAAGAGCAAAUCUAAACCACCACUUGAAAAGAAGAGCCAAGAAGAUGAAAUAAAACCCAAGAAAAAGUUACUUGAUUAUGAGUAUUGGGACAAACUUGAUGUGGACAGAGCUCUAGAAGAUAUAGAUAAAGACAACAAUGAAUCGUCAUCGGAGUCUGAAUGUGGGGAUGAAGAUGGAAUAACUGUAGACACAGAGAAAGCACUUUUAGAGAAAGAAAAGGGAAAUAAUUAUUUUAAAAGUGGACAGUAUGAUGAAGCUAUAGAAUGUUAUACUAGAGGAAUGGAUGCAGAUCCCUAUAAUGCAGUUUUACCAACAAAUCGUGCAUCUGCCUUUUUUCGACUGAAAAAAUAUGCUGUUGCAGAAUCUGACUGUAAUCUCGCUAUUGCUUUAAAUCAUAAUUAUGCAAAAGCAUACGCUCGUCGAGGAGCAGCUCGUCUUGCACUAAAAGAUCUACAAGGAGCAAAGGAAGAUUAUGAAAAAGUUUUAGAAUUAGAUGUCAACAAUUUUGAAGCCAAGAACGAACUAAGGAAAAUUAACAAGGAGCUGCAGUCUUCCACUAGUGAUGUCCAAGAAAAAGAAGCCAUAGAAGAAAAAAUUACUGUUGAAAAUGAAGAAGAAAAGAAACAAAUAGAGAUUCAGCAGCGGAAGCAACAAGCUAUUAUGCAAAAAGAUCUGGGCAAUGCAUAUUUUAAAGAAGGCAAGUAUGAAAUAGCUAUUGACUGUUAUAGUCAGGGAAUGGAAGCAGACACCACAAAUGCAUUAUUACCUGCAAAUAGAGCAAUGGCAUACCUGAAAAUUCAAAAGUAUAAAGAAGCAGAGACUGACUGUACACUAGCCAUAUCACUCGAUGCAUCUUAUUGCAAAGCUUUUGCUAGAAGAGGAACAGCCAGGAUAAUGCUUGGAAAACAAAAGGAAGCAAAAGAAGAUUUUGAAAUGGUUUUAAAAUUGGAUCCUGGAAACAAACAAGCUGUUCUUGAACUGGAAAAAAUAUCUCGGGAACUAAGGAGCAAUGAAAAAGAUACAAAAGGAAAUAAGGAGAGAAAGUUAAUAAACGCAGUUGAAAAGCUUCCUCAUCAGAGGUCCACUAAACCAUUAAGAAGGAUGGUAAUUGAAGAAGUUGGAGGCCCAGUUGAAAGUUGUAUCAGUAGCCUAAAUGAAAGUAACCACGGGAAAGCAGACUCUAUGGAUUUAAUAACGAAGGCCGAUAAACAAGAUCUGAACGAAGAACAGAACUUUUGCAGCUUACCUGAUGUUCCCAGUGCAAAGGUCCCAAAAAUAGAAGAAAUCAGUGAUACAUAUGGUUCUUGCGAACCAUCUUCUGGAGAGGAGCACUCUGUAUCUCAGCCGUCGCCUCCAAAAAUCGAAAAAGUUGUCACAACAUUUUCUGAGUCUCUGAAUAUAGGGAUUCCUGUAGUUCCUACAAACUCUUUCCAGCUUGAGUCGGACUUCAGAAGAUUGAAAGGGAAUCCUGACUUAUUGUAUAGGUACCUAAAACAAAUUGAGCCCUCGUUUUAUGGUAAAUUGUUCCAAAAAGCUUUGGAUCCAGACCUGUUCAGUGAAAUUCUGACAAUUCUCAGAGAGCAGUAUAUUAACAAAGACAGCUGCGAUCUUAUCUUUGAAAUAUUACAAAGGCUGUCUGAACUGAAGAGAUUUGACAUGGCUGUAAUGUUCCUCUCAGGAUCAGAUAGAAAUAAUGCCCACAUCUUAUUUUCACACCUAGAGCAAUCGCUGAAAGGCAGUGUCUCUCUUAAUGCUUUGAAGAAAAAAUAUGGCCUUUAAAUCUGUGCUUGUAAACAGAGGACAGUCUGAUGAGGCUAUAAAACUGAAAAAGAAGGAGACCAUCUGAAGCCAAAACUCAGUGUUACUAACAGCAGGGGCAGAUACCAUAUUAUUUUUGUAUACACAGAUUAUGAGUGCCUGCUGGUUAAAUUAUUAAAAUAUACUAUUUAUUCUCCCAGUACGUGCAAUUAGUUCUCCUUCCAAGCCCUGUAGUAUUUCAUCCAUCCUUCAUCCAUACAGCAAUGUUUGCCAACCAUACCAGUGCUAAUUGGCACAUUGUAACAGGGCAUGUGCAGAGCCGCCUGUUCUGGCUUGUGGGCUGAAAUGCGCUUCUCUAAAAUCUUCUGAUGAAAUUACAUCCUGGAGAGUUGGGAAGAACUAUUUAGAGCUCUUUAUUUGUUACAACUGAAUCACCAGACGCUCUCUAAAAAAUAAUGUAGACCUGCCCCAGAAUAAAGCAUUUUAAGAUGGCUAGAAUUUUUUUUUAAAUGUAUAUUUCUGAGAUGCUUAUGAGUUUCAGAUUUAAGUUGACAGGAUGUAUACAAAAUAAAUGUAUUUUUCCUAACA